GACGUACGGAAACAGCCAAUCAAAUUGCUGCUUGCGGUGACGCAGAAAGGUAGGAAGUUGAAUGGCCUGGACGCAGAGGUUCAUGCAGCCAUGUGGCCGGUGAUCUGGACUGCCAUGCGCGCUUACGCGCCCUACGUGACCUUCCCGGUGGCCUUUGUGGUGGGAGCUGUUGGAUACCACCUUGAGUGGUUCAUCCGGGGAACUCCCAAUGCCCCGGGAGAGGAGAGGGGCAUUGCAGAGCUACGGGAGGAUAGGAAAUUAGAGGAACUGACCGGUCGGGACAGCACACAGGUCCUCAGCCUGAAGGACAAACUGGAAUUCACACCAAAAGCAGUGCUGGAAAGAAACCGACCGGAGAAGAGCUAAGUUCUGCAAGAUCGCCGUGUAACGAUGUGCAGCUUCUCAGACUUUGGCCUCAUUUGUCACCCUCGACGGCCCCUGGGAUAGGAACUUUCUUUCAUCGAAAAACGUCUUUUGUGGGAUCUCGUGUCCGUGUCGCUCGUUCA